UUCAGUCGAGUCGGUUCUUGUCUGUCAUUGCAUGUCAGGACUAUGUGUACACCGGAGGACAAUGGCGGAGGCCGGCGCUCUUGAAGAACUCCAGUCAGAACUCACCUGUCCGGUGUGUCUGGAGCUCUUCCGCGACCCAGUCAUCUUGGAGUGUGGACACCACUUCUGCCAGGUGUGUAUCAUCCAGUGCUGGGAGGCCAAGGCGGACGAACUUUCCAGCUGUCCCAAGUGCCGCAAGUCCUGUGGGCGUAAACUGCGACCCAACUCGCUGCUGUGUAACGUGGUGGACAGCGUGCGUCGAGCCGGGGCCAUGGACAUUGGCGCCGGGGGUGUGCCGCCGGGCGGGUGGGACCCGGAAGGACCGCCGGAGGAGCUGGAGGAGCGGGAGCCCGGGUCGAGCAUGAGCAGCGUGGCUUCCUCCAUCGGACACUGGCCGCGGCUCUUUGGACCCGACCUGUGUGAGGAACACGAGGAGAAGCUGAAGCUUUACUGUGAGGACGACCAGCUGCCGAUAUGUCUGGUUUGCGGCAUGUCGAGGGACCACAAGACGCAUAAUGUCAUUCCUAUUAACGAGGCCUUUGAGAACUACAAGGAUAAACUGUCUGUGGCUCUGGAGCGAGUUCAGCUGCAGUCAGAGGAUGCCUUGCUUUUCCAAAAACAAACCAACGAGAAAAUCCUACUCAUCAAGGAGCGAGCAGGUGACCUGGACGAGCUGGUCACUGCCGAGUUUGGUCGUCUGAGGGAGUUCCUCCAGGAGGAGGAGGAGCGCAUCAAGGAGAAACUGCAGAAGCAGAAGGAGGAGAAACUCACCCAGCUGGAGGAGGCGCUCACCGAGGCCACGCAGCAGAUCAGUCGGCUGGAAAGCACGGCGGGGCAGCUCCGCCUCAAAAUGACGGAGGAGGAAAACCCAGAGCAGCUGAAGGGCAUUAAAGAUUUCAUUGGAGGGGCUGAGAGUCUGUUCGAGCGCCCCCUGGAUGUCAGUGAGGAUCUGCAGUCAGGAGAGUUCCUGGGACCUCUGCAGUACAGGACCUGGAGGAAGAUGAGCACGGUGUUUCAGCCAGCUGUGACGGCGGUGUCACUGGACCCGGACACGGCCUACCCGUGCCUGUGGGUUUCCUCGUAUCGCACCAGCGUCCAGGUGGGCAAAAUCCAGCCCAACCUGCCCAACAACCCGGAACGCUUCACUCGCUACAACAUCGUCCUGGGUUCCCAGGCCUUCUCGGUGGGGAGACACUACUGGGAGGUGGAGGUGGGCGCCAAGACGGCGUGGGGCCUCGGGGUGGCUCAGGCGUCUGUCAACAGGAAGGAGGAGGUUAACCUUUGCCCCGAGGACGGUUUCUGGACCGUGGUGCUGAGGGACAACGGGGACGGCACCAGCGAGUACGAAGCGUGCACAGACUCGGAGGAGGACAGCUCGUUAUAUCCCCUCAAACCUCCGAGGCGGGUGGGGGUGUUUUUGGACUACGGCCGCGGCCAGGUGGGCUUUUACGACGCCGGCGACAUGAGCCACCUGUUCACCUUUUAUGAUGCCAAAUUCAAAGAGCCGGUUUUCCCUUACUUCAAUCCCUGGCCGAUUAUUAACGGACACAACCGGGAGCCGCUCACCAUCGUGACGCCCCGCUGGGCGUAGAUGCGGCUGCGGCAUGUCGGGUGUACAGCCGGUGCCAUUUUCCUAUAUUUGCUAUCAUCGUCAACAAGGACCAGAACUAGCCAGGACUUGGCUUCUAUUUGGACCUCAUUUGAUGACUUUUUUUUAAAAAUAGGAUUAAAACUAUAACACUUUUGUUCAAUGUGAAAUAUCUAAUCCCUUCAUAUGGAGUACACACAGAGUGAUCUCGGACAGGCUCUUGAAUUGUAAUAGUAUUAGUGCAAUAUGUAUGUCGAGUGUUUUAUAUGUACUGUAAUACUAAACUGUUAAAUACCAGCGUUGUAUGUGCAAUGUCAUCUUCACAGCGUGUCCAGCCAAGGCCGCAUACACAAAUAUUCAAGGAUUGAAAGAUGUUAAAGAUACUAAAACCAAUCCCAUAGUGGUCAAUACAGUAUAUUGGCUCAUUUUUCCACAUUUUUGCUGUUUUAUUUAUUUUUACAUUUUCUUCUUGUAAUAUGACUUUAUUCCCAUAUUAUAACUUUUUCCCCAAACUCAUUUGCCAAAAAUUACUUCAUUUUGUUUUCAUCUUUCAUUAUUAUCUGUUUUUAAUGUCUAACUUUUUUAUAUCUGACUGCUGUGCCCCGCCCCGCUUUUUCUCAUGUUUUAACUCUGUAUUAAUGAAUGAAUGUUGUAUUUUGGUGUGUCUUCUACUCUGUUGACUUGCUUUUAUUCAACUCCAUUCUUCUGUAAAGUGUGUUGAGUAUUUUGAA